CAUGACUUGACUACUCCGGGUGAGGAACCGGCGAGAGCCUCACACCUUGGUCCAGCAAACUCUAACACCACAGCCUCUUCGUUACCUGAUCCUUCUCAUCAUAUUCGUCAAUUUCAGCAAAGAAUACUCCGGCAAAACUGACAACUAAGAGCCACUAGUCACCGCCGCGCUUGCCAUCGUGGAGAACCUAAGGAAGCCACUCAUGCUGGCACAUGCUCAUGCCGAUACGCGCUCUCACAUUCAGUUCAAUGCUGGGGCUGUUUCCCUUCCCCAAGGGUCCUUCCACCGCCGCUAGUUCCAUCUCCAACCGCGGUCCUUCCACGUCCAUCCGACCCACCCCCAAUUCUCCCCAAGUCCCAAGCCGCCAUCUCACUGUCGCGGCACCCUCCACCGCAUCGAUAGCCAUCCCAAUGGCGAGCAUCAUUAUCCGACAGGAUCCGGGAUCCAUUUACCGACCUGGACGAACCAACAUUGGCUACAGCAUUGCCAGCGAGGAUAGCAAGAUUGGAGAACCAGGCUCUCAGGUCGACGAUGAUUCUUGGAUGGAGUUCCUGACAGACGAGGCGAUCGAGGACCUCACCCUUCCUGACCAGGAUCCCGGGAUCGAGGUAGAUGGACUCGCUUCGAGCGAUGCCCGGCCCGACGCGUCGGAGGAAGUCAUUGACUUGGUCGAGGAGGUGAGCUUGGAGGACGAGGUCGACGUAGAGAACCAGAAGGAUGAGGGCCGUGAAUCCAUUGCUAUCCGUUUCCGAACUGUAACGCCUUCCUUCCUAGCUUCCCGCUCUUGCAAUAUUGACCUUCAGGUACAGGGACCUCCCAGUCUCAUGUUGAUGGACGGCAUCCCCAGGGACUCCACGUUGGACAGCUUCCGAGGCUUCUACGAUACCAUGGGCAACCCCGUCUUCCAACGUGACUACGACUACGAGCCCGCUCUGCCCCCUCACCUCCGUCGCCCCAUCUUCGUCGACUGGGCCGAGCCCUUCAAGAGCCCCGUCUACGCUCUUCGGUACCUUGCCGAGAUUGCCGGCGACUACUACACCGUGGCUCUCACGAACCAGAGAAUCAACAUGCAGCAACGCCCGCAGACACCAGGCGCUCAGAGCGCCUUGCAGUCGCACCUGCUCUCGCCUGCUGCCUCGCAUAUCGCUACGCCCACGCGCACGCCGGCCCGGAAGCGCCUUCGCUUCUGCGACGAUGUCGUUCGCACCAGUUGA